AGUCUAGUGCGAGGCCGGGCGUCCGAUUGGACAGCUGGCAAAGAAGGGGUAAGUCGGAUUGACCAAUCGGAUUGCGAGCCGCCGCGGCUGCGUGGAAGGUUGGAGGGGCGGGGCGCUGGAAAGAAGCGAGCCAAGGCCCGAAGCCUGGGGCUGGAUUUGGACCCGGAUCCUUGGGCACAGUGUCCUAGGAUGGCGAUGGCAGCAGGACAGGGUUUCAGUGGGCUGGAGCGGAACUGCUGGGUAUGCUUUGCCACUGACCUUGAUGACCGCUCUGCAGAAUGGGUAAGCCCAUGUCGAUGUAAAGGGUCCACAAAAUGGAUACACCAGGCAUGCCUACAACGAUGGCUGGAUGAGAAGCAGAAGGGGAACAGCACAGGCCGAGUGGCCUGUCCACAGUGCAACACUGAAUAUCUGAUAGUCUUCCCAAAGUUAGGUCCAGUCGUUUACUCCUUGCAUCAAGUUGACCGCAUUCUGUCCAAAGCCAGCCCCUUUGCAGCAGCCAGCAUUGUGGUGGGGACCGUCUAUUGGUCGGCAGUGACUUACGGAGCAGUGACUGUCAUGCAGGUUGUUGGACAUAAGAAAGGUUUGGACUUAAUGGAGCGGGCAGACCCACUGUUCCUGCUGAUGGGGCUUCCUACCAUUCCUGUGAUGCUUAUUCUGGCCAAGAUGAUCAGGUGGGAGGACUUUGUGCUUCGCAUGUGGCGCAAAUACUCCAGCAAGCUGCAAGUUCUAAGUAACAUUUUCCCAGGUUUUGGAUGCCCCGUUCCUCGUGUACCAGCUGAGACUAGCUAUCAGAGUGACCACAUGUCUGUCUCCCGCAUCUUGUGUGGUGCCCUUGUGUUCCCCACAAUCUCCAGCAUGGUUGGCAAGCUGAUAUUCAGUGGUGUUCACUCCAACCUCCAGCGAACCAUCUUGGGCGGGAUUGCCUUCAUUGCCAUCAAAGGGGCCCUAAAAGUUUACUUCAGACAGCAGCAAUAUCUGAUCCAAGCAAACCGCCGGAUUCUGAACUAUCCUGAGCGAGACGAUGACCAGGAAGAACUCCAGGCAGGUUAUGAGGAUUCUGGGAGUGACUAAAAUGGUGAUUUGCAGAGAUUCGAGCAGGUGUGCACUGAGAUGGACUGUUUUCACUUCAGGCCUCAUGGAAUUGGCACUCGAUAUCAUCCGUUUUGGGGACAUCACCACACUGAGAGAUGGCAAAAUGCUGAGCUGGAAUCCAGCCCCCAUAGAGCUGGUCCCACUGGUUUCUUUUUAAACAUGGACUGAAUAUCUACGCUCAUUUUUAACUGGCAUUACGUUCUUUAAUCUCACUGCUUGUCUAUCUGAUAUUUCAAACUCCUCUCAGAAAAUCUCUGCCAGAGGCCACAGUCCCGAGCAGUACCAUGCUUGAAAGUUCCUGUGCAAGUAUGACACCAUGGCUUGGCAGGACACGAUUCCUCUGAUUGUAGGAUGCACAGUUUCUGUCUGAAGGCUGGGAGAACUUGAAAACUCAACAAUGUUCUCAUGGCAUUUGUUGGACAGGAGAAAGCACUCCAUCUCAAGUCUGUAUGAUACACCAGACUGUGCAGAUUGUAAAAGGGAUGGACGUAGAGUAUCAGAGAUGUGGAUGGGAUCUCAAGUGAUUUCUGUCGACCUUGUAAGCAAAUCAGAUUGUUGGCAUCUUUUAAAGUGAUCUAAAAAUUCUUCUGUCAGAUCCUGUGAUAUUUCAGGCCACAAGAAAGAAGAGAAAUGUAGUGAAAAGUUAAGUUUGGCAUUCAGUGAAGUAUCACAAGCUUCUGUCCCACAGAGAGAAUUUUCUAAGCUCGUUGCAUGUGGCUAAAACAAGUGUAUCAAAUUAAGUGACUUAAUUUUAUAAAUAUAUAUUUAAAAGUUGAUAGUGUAGAUUACUUUUUUUUUUAAACCCACAGGAAAUAAUUUAUUUUUAAUGGAAUUUGCUUUUUUCCCUGAUGUGGCAGCCCUAAUAAAUUGCCUAUUUAUGCAAAGCUACUUGGAAUAAAAUGAGGAUUCUCAGUAAGUUGAAUUUAAUAAAAAAAAAUGCCAGCUCUGAA